GUCGUGAUACUAGUUCAUUGGCACAUUUAUUUUGGUUUGAAAAUGAGGGCUUCGUUUUUAACGAUUUUAAUGGUUCUUGUUGGAGAUAUAUUAUGUGCAGAUCAACCUACAAUCGCUACAAACCAGUCUACAGUCCCUGCAGACCAACCUACAGCACCUACAAACCAAACAGUUUCUUCAGAACAGCCGUUCUUGCCACCCAAAGGAAAAUUCAACUGUACAUCAGCUGAUAUACGGACUGGGCAACCAAGUUUGGUAAACGAAUCAGGGAAACUAAUAGCUAUAGAAACCUUUGAAUUCCCAGGAUUAACUGAGGGGAGCUCAGUAUGUUAUCUGAGAGAUGCAGAAGUGGAUGGACUUAACAUGACGUUGCAGUACAGAGUGACAAUAGAGAAUAUUACAGCAACAUACAGUGUGAAAGACGAGUACAAGUUUGGAAUUCCCCAACUAGACGCCACAUGCACAUGCCAAUGCACUAAAGGUACGGAGGCAACUGAUUGUCCUAAACUUGACAGAUGCUCAGACGAUGAUAUCAAUUGUGUUGAGUGGAACGAUCUUUCUGACAAUACCAAGGGGUGUUUUCUGGAUGCAGUCAAGCAAGUAGCAGGACGAUCUCGAAUAUGCUGCAAAAUAUUCGUGACCUCCGACGAAACUUAUACAAGCUACAAGAUAAACCAAACAAGACCCACAGUAUCUGCCAGGGUGAGGACCUCUGUCUAUCUUCAUGAAUCUGAUCACCUUCUUUAUACCAGUACUCAUAGGUUCAGUACUACUGGCACUUCAGGAAGUACUCAAAUCGAAGGUAUAAGCGCUUCACUAACACCUACUUCUAUCACCACCAAUGAGAUUCCUGCUUUUGAAAAUGAAAGGUAUUAUAACUCCGAGAAAGAUGGCAAUGUUCUGACCACUGAAGAGUUAAUGAAUCCAAAAGAUAAGAAUGAAGUCACUAGGUUUGGCUGGUUGAAAGUUACUCAAUAUCAAGAGUUUCAAUGGAAAAGGAGACAAUUCAAAAGAUAUUUCAACGCAACUGUUCAGGAUUGUGCUGAGAGCGAGCUGAGGCCACGUUUUUACGGGACCCACUCAUCUCCACCCGCCUACCAAACACUUCAAUCUAAAUACUCAACAAAAGUCUCUUCUAUUAAAAGAAAUACAGAGGGAAAAAUAGAAGUGAAUUCUUUGAAGUCCGUGAUUGACCUCAGUUUGGUACAAAAGAAGCAGGAUUUCAUUCUUCAUACAGAUGUAGUCUCCAAAGUAACAAACUUCACAGCUGUUCUAUUCAUGGACAAGAACAGUAAUCGCUACCUCAACAUCUCCCUCACUGACACUAAUGGUCUAUUGAGGGGUCAUUUGAGAGCAGGAAACAAAAGCGAGGUUUUCCGUCUACUUUUACAAGAGGGGACACUAGAACACAUCCAGCCUAUCGCAGUGGAGUGUGUGGAUAAUGACACAACUCUGUGCCUUGAGGCUGUCUGGGGAACAAAAAGUAAUCUUUCUAGCAAGUGUAUUGAUGUUAAGUGUGAAACUAUUGCCCUUGACACCGCAGAAAAGAAAAAUUCUACGAUAGAUUACACAAUUGGUGAAAAAGAAAGCAUUCUAAGCCCACGUUCAUGGCUGAAGUUUGCGAAUCCGGCUGAGUGGUUCAAUGGAAUUGACAGUGCUGCGGAGGGUUUUAUAAUCGCUGUAGUUGUUAUCCUUAUCAUCAUACUGCUGUCUUUCAUCAUCUGCUUCAUAAGGUGCUUUUGUUGUUUUUAUAAGUGCUGUAGAUGCUGCAAGAAGUGCAAGAAGAAACGCAACAGAAACGAAUAUAAUGGACACGAAGUCUUUCAAGGGACUGACUUGUAA